AUGGCACCGACAACUCGCUACUCGCUCGUCUCUCUUCCUCUCCGCAUCUUCGACGACGAGCCCCUCUCCGUGCUCGCCUCCACCAUUGGCCAGGACAAUGGAGAGAUACUCAAGUUUUCCAUACCCUCCUUCAAGAUCGGUACACUUGAUGCCUUGGUGCAGCAUGCCGAUGACCUGACAAAGCUCAACGCCGCCUGUGAGGCAGUAGUGUCCAAAGUGGCCGAUUCCCUGGCAGGCAUUCUCGACGGCGAUGAAGACAAGAUAUCGCAGCAAAAGAUGGUGAACGAUAAGCCCACGGACAGCUAUAUUUGCUCCUUCCAAUGGAACAAGGUUCGCUACCGAGCUGACAAGCCCCUGGGCGAGUUGAUCGAGAACCUGCAGAAAGAGAUUCAAAACAUCGAUAACGAUGUCAAGGCCAAGUUCAACCAGUAUAAUACCGUCAAGACGAAUCUAUCUGCAUUGCAGAGGAAGCAGACUGGCAACCUUGCAACCAAGUCCCUUACGCCCAUAGUCCCGCCCGACGUCCUUAUUCAAGACUCCGAAUAUCUGGAAACACACCUGAUUGUGGUUCCUUCGAGUGCACGCAAAGACUUCCUUCGGAGCUACGAAACCAUCGCCGAAAUGGUUGUACCCAGGUCGGCUGUUCAGAUAGCCCAAGAUGACGAGUUCACCCUAUUUGCCGUUACAACCUUCAAGAAAACCAGUGCCGACUUCUUGCACAAAUGUCGCGAACAAAAGUGGACACCCCGUCAAUACAAGUACGUCGAAGGUGGAAAGGAGGAAGAGCAGCGCGAGCUUGAGCGCAUGGCCAGGGAAGAAAAGAAAGUCUGGGGCGAAGCUUUGCACAUGGCAAGGUCAGGUUGGAGUGAGAGCGUCAUGGUCUGGGCACACGUCUUGACUUUACGUGUUUUUGUCGAGACAGUGCUGCGAUACGGUCUGCCCCUGGAGUUUGUGUGUGCUCUUGUCAAGACCACCCCCAAGCAGGCCAAAAAGGUCAAAACGGCUUUGGACAAGGCAUACUCGUACCUCGGUGGAAAUGCCUUCGGGAGAGACAAACGAGGGCGGGUUACCAAAGAUGAUGCCUCUCUAGCGUCGGAAAUGGCCGCGGCAGGUUAUUCCGCGGGUGAUGGCAACGAGUACACGGCUUAUGUGUAUUAUGAAUUCGAAUUUCCUUGAUGGUUGGGUUAUAGUUCAGAACCAUGCGGUGGCGGCGACAGCAACGGCGGCGGCGAAUGGUCAGAUGUGCGCACUUGGGCCUGACUCUCACGCACCAUGUGUCAUAUACGUCGUCGACAGUAGGCACUACUAGAUAG